AUGGAUUUGAAACAGAAUCUUCUGCGAGGAAUCUACGCUUUUGGUUUCGAAAAACCAUCGGCUAUUCAGCAACGUGCCAUUGUUCCUUGCACUACUGGCCGUGACGUUAUUGCCCAAGCUCAGUCAGGAACAGGGAAGACAGCUACGUUCUCAAUAUCCAUUUUGCAACGCAUCGACGAAAACGACCCCAGCGUCCAGGCGCUAGUUAUGGCUCCGACUCGUGAAUUGGCUCAGCAGAAAGUUAUGUGCGCUCUCGGGGACUACAUGAACGUCAAAGUGCUUGCUUGUAUUGGAGGGACAAGCAUCCGUGAUGAUCAUGGCGUACAUGUUGUCGUUGGUACACCUGUAGAAUUUAAUAGUCUUUUAUCAUCGUUUUCAGAAACAAAUCUCAUCAAGAUGUUUGUGUUGGAUGAAGCUGAUGAAAUGCUUUCGCGUGGUUUCAAGGAUCAAAUUUACGAAGUGUUCAAGACGUUGCCACAGGAGGUUCAGGUGGUAUUGUUGUCUGCUACAAUGCCUGCUGAUGUCCUUGAUGUAACCAAUCGUUUCAUGAGGAAUCCAAUCCGCAUCCUUGUCAAGAAGGAGGAGCUCACUCUUGAGGGUAUUCGACAGUUCUACAUAAACGUUCAGAAAGAUGAGUAUAAGUUCGAAACUCUUUGCGAUCUUUAUGAUUCUGUCAACGUAACACAGGCUGUGAUUUUCUGCAAUACGCGAAGAAAGGUUGAACAACUCACCGAGCAGAUGACCAAAAAACAGUUCACCGUUUCAAGCUUGCACGGUGAUAUGGAGCAACAAGAUAGGAAUGUCAUUAUGCGCGAGUUCCGUUCUGGGUCUUCCCGUGUCCUUAUUACCACCGACCUACUCGCUCGUGGUAUUGAUGUGUCACUUGUCAUUAACUACGACUUGCCGUCAAAUCGAGAAAACUACAUCCAUCGCAUUGGACGUUCAGGACGUUUUGGUAGAAAAGGAGUAGCCAUUAAUUUCAUUACAGAUAAUGACAUACGUCAGCUUAAGGAAAUAGAGAGUUUCUAUAAUACUGUUAUUGAGGAAAUGCCUGUGUCAAUUACCGAUCUUCUUUAA